AUGGAUGAACUGACUGAUGCAUUCUACCGUUGGCAUCUAGCAGCCCCCGGAUACAACCGGCUCCUCAAAAUUAUAUGCCCCAAAUAUCUAUCGAGAAGGGAGGCGGACGAUAUCAUGUUCCAAUUCAAUGAGAUUUGGGUGAAUGACAAGCAGGUUCUUUGGAGCGGCGUCGAUCAUGACCUGGCCGAAGAAUGGGCAACGCAGCGCGGGAUGCAAACGCUCACUUGCGCCAUGGGCCCUCUGAUGAACUGGACCCAUCCAAAGUGCAGGAGAAUCUACAAAUCUGGCGUACAAUGGACCAGAUACAUGAAGGGAGUUUCCGCGAUCUUCGCCUGGAAAAUUGCCCAAGGCCAGACCACCACCCUCUUGACCCCUCCGCCGCCUGUCCGCUUUCAUCCGUCUGGGUUGACAAAUUACCAAGACAUCGAAAGACCAAUUCUCAAAGGGACAGUUGAUGGCGUGUCUGUUGGCAAGAUUCUUGUUGUACAUCCAGAGGUUGAUGGGGCUGAGGAUAUGGCGUAUGAAUAUUGGCCCAAGGACCAUGUGGCCAAGUGGUACGCGAAGUAUGGUUCCAAGAAGCAUGGAUCUACGAGAUGGAGAAAGAUCAGUCACAAGAGACGGGCUACAAUCUGGCCAGCGAAGGUAGAUAUAUCCCCCGAAGCUUUGGAAACGAUGAAAGUGGGAGAAAUUGGCAUUCUCAUAAUCAUUGGCUUACUUGCCCUCGCCGAAGUUUGCAUACACUUAGUCUUUUCACUUGGAUUGCUGGUGUACCAUUCCGCUUCCAUGCUGUGCCCACGACAUCGUGGGUACAGUUGUGGGCAUAAUAAGCCCGAAGGGCUUAUCAUCACUCAGAAGAUUGAUGUUGAUCUCAACGUAAACGUUGAAGAAGGAGCCGAUCCGGCUUUCUUAUCCCUUUCUGUGCCUCUGUCAUCUUCCAUGAAGACCAAUGAGUCGGUCGUGGAUGGUGUCAAGAGACUCAGAUGCACCAAAGUACACCGGUAUUCCGCCACUGGCGGCAAAGGAAACAAAAUGAAACGGCUGAAGAGCAGGCAGCGACGGGUCCCAAAAGACAAGAUUGGCAGUAUGGGAAAAUGA